CCGUACCCCCUUCUCCUCUAUCAGCCCUCAGCAUGAUGCCCCGCAUGGGUCUGCACAAUCUCUCUGCCCAGUUGGAUGCUCUGCUCCCUGGGCCAGGCUGCCAACACCCCUUGGCUCCACCGGCUCUGCACAGCGCUCACCGACCACCGAGAAAGACUGCAAUAGAGGCUUCCUGGGGAAUAAACGCUCACGGUCUGCUGAGCACAGGCUGCCAUUGCUGGCCUGGCUGCACGGGCUCAUGACAGCGCCACCCAGUGGUAGACCAGGACUAGUGACUUGUCUGGAGCCCCUUCCAGGCUUUCAUCCCCGCUCUGCAAUGCAUGCUGGGUGGGUAUGGACUGGGGUGGACAAGGAGCCAUGGAGAGGGUGUGGGCGGGGAAACACGAGGACUCUUAGGGGUGUUUUCCGGGGGAGAAGCCUCCAGUCCCCUGGGAAGUAACAAUAAAAACCUGACAGGGAAGUUCUCUGCCUGUGGGACGGACUUCUUCAUGUACAUGGACUUGGGGACCACCACAGACUUCGGAAUCAUCUGUAAUCUGGGAAUGAGUGAAGGCUGAAGUACACAGCAGGCUUGUGAACAUAGGCCCCUUGUUGGGUGCAGUCGAUUCCAACUCAUAGUGACCCUGCAAGACAGAAUAGAACUACCCCAUAGGGUUUCCUAGGCUGUAAUCUUUAUGGGGUCAGAUUGCCAGCUCUUUUCUCCCUCAGAGCCACUGGGUGGGUUCAAACUCCCAACUUUUGGUUAGUGGCAGAGUGCUUAACCAUUGCACCACUAGGGAUCCUUAGGUCCCAGUGGUUGAGCAGAAAUAGGCCUGGUUCCCUCGAAGCCCUGAGGUCCUGUUGGCUCUGAAUCCUUAGUCUGCUGCAUGAGCUGGUGGGAGCAGGGAGAUGGCCAAUGGUCUGCAUAUAUGAUGGGGGGGGCAGGGGUGUCCAGGGAGGUCUGCAUAAUCCAGAGAGCCACCGACUGCCAGGAGCAGCUCCUGCCUCCAGGCCGGCAUGUCUAAGUGCGGGAGCACUCAGGCCUACAAAUACUCUGCCCCCCACCCCCACCCCAGGGAGCUUUCCUCCCCAGUCAGGGCCUCUAUCUCAGCCUUGCUUCCCCUCUGUCAGAGCAGUGCAGACCCAACCCCCAGGCUGGCCUCAGAGACCCAUGUGGAGGUCACCUCAGCACCAGGGUGGGGAGGGCAGAGGAGGAGGACCACAGGCUUCCCCUUUGCCUGCAAACAGGAACGCUUGAUGCUGAUGAAAACUCCAGGAUGUUGCGUCACUGUGGCUGGUCAGUUGAUAGUGAGAGCUCGUCCACUCUGCCCUCCAUUCUGCCCUGGGCACUCAGACAGGGGUAGGAGGGCUCCGGAGACUUCUUCCUUCAGGCCCUGACAGGAGAAGCCCAUGGGCUUGCAUAACCUGAGCUCGCCUGUUCCCCCUCCCUCUCUGUCUUCCUUCUCUUCUCUCCCUCCCUCCCUCUCUCCCUCCGCCUUCACCACUGAGUUGGAGUCACAAGUAGAGGGCUGCACCCUGACCCCUUCCCCCACUGUGUCUGCCUUCCUGGCUCCCAUCCUGAGCAUGGAGUUCAUCCUGGGCCUGGUGGGGAACAGCCUGGCGUUAUUCAUCUUCUGCUUCCACACACGGCCCUGGACAUCCAACACGGUGUUGCUUCUCUGCCUGGUCAUUGCUGACUUUCUCCUGAUCGUCAACCUGCCCCUUCGUGUGGACUACUAUUUGCUUCAAGAGAUGUGGCGCUUCGGGGCCACUGCCUGUCAAAUCAACCUCUUCAUGAUGUCCACCAACCGCACGGCCAGCAUCGUCUUCCUCACGGCCAUCGCGCUCAACCGCUAUAUGAAGGUGGUGUGGCCCCACCACGUGCUGAGCAGGGCCUCAGUGGGGACAGCCGCCUGGGUGUGCGGGGGGCUUUGGGGGGGCAUCCUGCUCCUCAAUGGGCACAUGUUGCUGGCCAUGAAUUCCAACACCACCUGCCUCAGCUACCGGCUGGGCAAGAACUCCUCGGCCUCACUCCGCUGGCACCAGUCACUGUUUGUGCUGGAGUUCUUCCUGCCACUGGUGCUCAUCCUCUUCACCAUUGUGAGCAUCUGGCAGACCAUUUGGCGCCGCAACCUGGGGGGGCAGGCAGGCCCACAGAGGGCCAUGCGCGUGCUGGCCACGGUGGUGGCAGUCUACACCAUCUGCUUCCUGCCCAGCAUCCUCUUUGGCAUCAUGUCCAUAGCGGCCUUCCGGCUGCAUGCCUGCCAUGCCCUCAACAUCUGCACGCAGCUCUUCCACGGCUCCUUGGCCUUCACCUACCUCAACAGCGUUCUGGACCCCGUGCUCUACUGCUUCUCCAGCCCCAACUUCCUCCGCCAGAUGCGUGCCCUGCUGGGCCUCACCAGUGGCUGGGAAGGCUCCUCCAGCGACGAGACCACCUACCUGCCCUCCACCCGGCACCAGCGGCCCCUAAAAAGGCAGAUGUGACAGCGAAGGGGAAGGUCACUCCCUGGACUGUGGCCAGUGUCGUGUGUCUCAACUAACUGGAAAAGGGGCAUCUGCAGACCAGGAGCCAGGCUGAAGCAGUGGCAGGAAGCAGGAAGGUGGCAGAAGAGAAAAGGUCUUGGCCUUGCAAAGGGGUCAGCGUGUCCAGGAUUCCCAGGGGGUAGGAAGGAGUGAUGCCAGAGGAGACAGGCAGGGAGCUGUGGGGACUCAUCAAAGGCCUGCACAGCUGCCCAGUCCUGGGAGCUAGGGCGUGAUUACUGUGAGAGCUGCAACAGCCUUUAGAAAUUGGACAGCUGUAUUUUCUGUGAUGAUCUCCAGUUUGUCCUAAUAAAUGUCCUUUUGAAAAUGCAAUCCUGUCUCAGCUGUUGUAAGGAAAAGGAAAUCAAUGUCUCUUGGUCCAGCCUGGGACUGGUGUCAGCAGGAUUCCAGGUGAGCACCCCAAGGCAAAGGGGACCUUUGGGGACGGAGUGGGAACUGUUUAGCAGCCUCCUCCCCAUAGGGCACUGUCCUUCCAUGGAGCCCUUGGGAAGCCCUGGAGUGCCCUUAAACGCAGAGCUGCCUUCCUGGGGAUGCCCCUGCUCCUCUCUGGCCCCACUCUGUAAUCCCUGAGGUCCUGCCCAAGGUGCCAGGGGAAGACUUGGGGAUCUUCAGCCUUGGAGGCUAUCUCCUCCAUCCAGCCAGGUUCCUGGUUUGGCUCGGGCUCCCUUCCAUGGCCCUCAUCAGCCCCAAGUACCAACCCGAACUAUGGUAGUAGUGGUGGCCACGGUGGUGCUGCCCCACUAGAACAGACCCAUGUGAAGGCGGGGGCCCUGGAGUCACCAGAGCUGGUCUACAGUCCCCCUCAGCAUCAAAGCCACCUUGCCUGCCUCAACCCUCUUCUGUUCUCUUCAGUGUUAGAGACCAUAGGGCUGACCCAUCUCCUGGCCUGGGUCCCCCAUGCACAAGGUGUGUAUCUGGCAUGUGUCCAUUUUGGGAUAGGAGGGGUGGCCCUAUUGUCCAUAGGAGAAGUCACUCUUUGGCUGGUAACUCCUCUUAAGACAAAUUUCUAAAAAAAUCUGUGCAGACUCAGUCUGAAUUUUUUACUCCCAUCUCCUACCCCUAAACCAAAAAGAUAAGCCAAACCCACUGCCAUCGAUUCCAACUCAUAGCGACCCUACAGGACAGAGUAGAACUGCCCCAUACGGUUUCCAAGGAGUGCCUGGGAGAUUCAAACUGCCGACCUUUUGGUUACCAGACGACCAACUCUUAACCACCAGGGUUUCCUCUCCUACCCCAACUCUGGGAAAAAAAGAACUUUCUUUAAUUUGGAGGUGCGGGGAAGACAGGGGCAUAGCUGUCAAGACUUCCAAAGAGCUACUGAGAUAUCAUAAAACCCCAAACAUGUACCGCCUUAAGCCCUUUGUGUUCCUAGCCUGGGCAGCCUCAGAAGAAUGAACACUCCCUCGACACCCACCCCUCCCAGCUGGGGAAGACAGAAGGUGCUGGGACUGGUUCUUGGCAUCCAGUACAGGGUCUGAUGAAGGGAAGCAAAUCCCCUCUCCCCAACCCCUUUGGAGUUUAAUCCACUUAGUCCAGCCCUCUCGGGAUGCUUACCCACAUGGUAAAAACCCUCAAGAAUGGAGGCAAAAGCCCAGGAGCAACCCCACAGUAACUAGUUUUUUCUGCAGAUGGGAGAACAGCACUCCUGGUGGUCUAAGGCAAGUUGGAGGCAGGGUGAGUAAAGACCCCAUUUCCUACCUUCUGGAUCAAAACAGCAUUUAGUCCCUGGGACGGGCUGCACCUAUUCAGUGCAAAUUUUGGGCGGUGCCUACCGUUUUCUCUCUUCUUUCUCCUAAUAGAACCCCUGCCACCGUGAGGGAAGAUGAAAUGGCGUCCUUACGUUACUCCCAGAGACUCCCGUGUAGGGUGACGAGCAGGCAGGCUGGGCUGAAGAACCAGUGGUCGGUGAUGUAUCCAGUGUUUCCUGGGCACCCACCAUGUGUUAGACACUGAGCUACAAAGGCAGUAGCUACUACCCUGCUCUUAAGCCACUCCCAGACAAGCCUGGGAGAGACAGACCUGCAAAGGGGUCACAUGUACCCCAGUGUUACAAGUUACUUGAGCUGGUAUUGCACCACAGAGGGGACAGAGGGUCAGAAGGGUUAACUCUGCCUGGGGUGCCUGGGAGGUGAUCAGAUGAGUCUGGAAGGAUGAGGGGAGCAGAGGAGACACAUGCCUGGCACAGGGAAGGGCAGGGAUAAGAGCACAGAGCUGUGAGAAGACUCGGUGUACAGGGAACGGCUAGUUCAAUAAGGCAAGAGAGGGCGCUGAGGUGCAGAGUUAAGAGAGGGCAGGAGAAGCAGGCUGGGCCCAGGCUGUGAAGGGCCACCAUGCUAAGCCAAGGAGCCUUAAGACAAGGUGUCUAGGAAGUUGAUUAAGACACUCAGCUUUGCAUUUUGAUUUUAGUCGGGCAAUAGUGUGGAUGAAGGAUUGGUGAGAGGAGGGGAUGUGGGAGAUGACCUGGUUAGGAGACUGUCCAUAUUACAAGCAAGGGCCUAAAUAAAGGCAGCAGCAGAGAGCACGAAGGGUCAGAAGGAGAAGCACGGGGUGACUGUGAAUGGUGGGGUGGAUGGUGACACACUGAGGAUACAGGGGUUGGAACAGGUUUGGAGGAGAAGAUAAAAAGCUCUUUCUGUGUUAGACAGGGUAGGGGAGGCUGGAGGGCCUCCAGGCAAAUAUGUACUAUUGCACAUUUAGGGCUGGAGAUAGGAGUUGAGAAUCUUCCCCUUAUGAAUGGCAGCUGCAGUUAUGGGAAUGGAUGCUCAUCACGGAGAGAGUGAAGAGGCCCAGGAACUGUCUUUAAAAGGCCAUGCAAGUAAGAGGCAAGAGCCAGGGAAAUGAUCAGAAGAACCCUUUAAGUAGGAAGAAAAUCAGAAAUGGAUCAAGAAAAAAGAUAGAACAUUAAAAAAAAAAAAAAAAGUCAUGGCAAUCUCUUUGCCCAAGUAAAGAGAUUGCUCAUUAAAAACAAAACAACAAUAACAACAAGAUAGAAUAAAGCCAUCUUUCAUCAAGGUAAAAGCCAAACACAAAACACCAAGACAGGCUGCAAAGUACACUGUGCAAGAACAGAGCAUCUUCAGCAGAGCUUCCUAACUGCGUGCUGAGGAAAGCUGAUCUGAAAAGCAGGGUGCGUAUCCGACACCAUCUGGCCAGGCACCUCCGAGAGAGACCCUGAAUUAACACGGUAUUUGUCUGGUACUACCAAAAAAAAAAAGAGGUUUUCAAGAAGGGGUAGGUUGUCAUUUGUAUAAAAUCUAAUAAUCUGCAAAACAUGUUCUAUAUUGGUUAUGGAGUCCUACAUAUAUAUUCACUGUAUAAAAGCGUGCCUUGGGAUGCUAAACCACCAAAUGAAAGUGAGUACUUACCUCUGGGACGGAGGAAAAUGGAAAGAAGUACACAGGUGGCUACCGCUAUAUCUGAACAUACCUUCGUAAAAAGAUCUGAAGAAAUACAUGUAAUACCUGAGUGCCACUCAGCAUUGCUCUUGUAGAGACUUACGGGGUCAGCGUAAUGAAAAAAAGAAAAGUAAUGUGAUGCUCACAGCAUCAAGUGCUCAAGGAAGUUCAGCCAGGAUGACUAAAAAUAGAGUAUUGGCUAUGGCAAUUAAGAGGUCAUUAGUGACUUUAUCGACAGUGAUUUCAGUGAGUGGGUGAGGGCAGGGGCAGAACGGAAGCCACAGAGUAGCAGAAUGCAUUGAGAACUAUUAAUGAGAUUUGAACUAAUGGAGAAAACUCUCCCCUCUUUCAACAAGUUUGCCAGUAAAGGGAGGUAAGACGAUAGCUUCAGGUCAAAGUAAUAGGGGAGUUGUUUUGGUAGUUUGAUUGUCCUGUAGUUUUGUUGACUGGAUGGAGAGAUUUAAACAUAGUGGUAGGAAGAGAAGGGAGAGGAGAGAGAGAAAGAUGACAAUGAUAGAGCUAUGCCUGGCCCCGUUCUAAGCAUUUUUACACAUACUAACUUAUUUAGUUCUAUGGGGUAGAUAAUAUCAUCAACCUCAUUUUACAGAUGAGGAAACUGAGGUACUGGCCCAGGUCAGGACACACUACUCCAAGGCUCUGAGGUGGAGCAAGGGAAGGAUCCAGUGCUUGGGUGGCGAGAGGGUCUGUCACCUCCUUAAACUAGGAAAAUGGUACAGUAGGUCUUGGGAUACAAGGGAAGAAAGCUGAAGAGACCAUCAGACUAACACUGGCCUGGCCUAUUACCUCCUGAAGUCCCUCAGAGACAUGCAGGAGGGGUGGACCACCUGUUGCUGAGGGUGGGGUGUGCAGGCAGUGGGUCUCACAGUUCAGCCACAGCACCCAGUAAGGACAGCAAGAAAACAGGCAUAACUUCCAGAAAUUUAUUGGAAACACGAUACAAAGUGAUUAGUAGAUAGCAUCUACUGACAGACGACAGUCUAUACUGCAGUAUCACGCUCAGAAGUAGUUCCCCCGGGGAGACACUCAUCACCACUGAUGUGUGGUCUGGGCUGGUGUCUCUGGCAGGGAAACCAGAGAGCAUGUGGUGGCGGUGGGGGUGGGGUGGACAGAAAACUGGGACAUGGCUUUCCUGUGGGGAAUGGCAGGGGUGGGGCUCUAAAUGGGUAAACUCCCCCAAAGGAAACUGUUAAGAAUAAAGGCUUUCCCUUCCCUCCCCAAAGCGCUUUCACCUCUAGACAAGAGCAAAACAAUACACAAAACCCAAGGAGGCAGCUCCUGUCUCCCCUCACCGGAGCCGCAGGACAGCCAUGGGGCAUAAACCCCAAGAUCAGAUGGAUAUAGAGCAAAUCAAGGCCACACUGACCCUGGGCCCGCUUGCCCUCUGACAGGCUCCUCACCUCUCCCCUGCUCUGCUCUGAGUCAGCAGUGCGGGGUGAUCCCUAUAGGUUGCCUGACCCAGACCCCCAGGUUAGCUGCUUCCAGCAGGGUUUAGCUAACUUGAGGCACCAGCAGGAAUCUGGAGGACAAGAGGGAGGGAGAAACCAGGUUAUUUCUCCUGUCUCUGCCUCGGGUAAUGUUUCCAACAAUGACCAUGUCUCCUCCAGGGCCCCAGCUCCCACCAGAUACGCCCUCUGUGGUUCCAGGUUCUGCCCAGAGGUCCCUGGGCUCUGCUAACACGGCCUCCUCCCUGGGUCCCACCAGCCCUGGCACAGUGGCUGCUUUCUGUUCUUUCCCAUCUCUGGGUUGCCCCUUGCUUCCCUGGUUGGCCUCUCAGCUCUUCCAUCACCUGAGUUAUGUGAUUCUCUGGAUUAAGAUCCCUCUGUGUUAAAUUCUUAAGAGUGGUUUCUUCCUGGUUGGACCCGGACUGAUGCAAAGGCUAAAAGAAACUGGGCUGUGGACAAGGCGAGAUUGUGAGAGGCACACUCAGACGUUUGAGUAGCACCUUCCCGCCUGUCCUCCCUGGUACCACCGGUGGGAAAGCAGGCUGGCCGGCACUGACCCAGGAGAGGGAGGGGCCUUGGAGAACAUGUGUCCUCACCCAAGGGAGGCCAGUGCCUCCCAGAGCACCCGGGUCUGCUGUGGGAUGUGCAGUGUCUCUGCCUAUGUACCCCAAAUGCUCAUGAACGGUAGUGACCUACCACUGACACGCAAUGGUGGCAUUGCGGUCUCAGAAAGAGGGUGCUGGAAAACCCUCUCAGCACCAACUGCUCAGAACAGCAAAGGCAAGUAACAGAGGCUCUUGGCAUCUUUUCUCCAACCGCUAUUCAGUCAGAAUGUGAGGGGGCUUUUCAGAGAUGAAGUGAGAGCAUAAAAUCUUAGUCAACAUCAUCUUCGUAGGAGGAUGGGACUGCGGAACCAGAAGCUUUCACUCACAAGGUGAAGGACGAGUCUUCUUGACACAUGUGGCUCAAAACGAGCUGGACUUUUCUCAGAACUAAUUGUGAAGUGUGCCUGGGCCAGCCUCCCUAUUCUUCCUGAAGGCCUGGCCCGGCCCCGAUCUCCAAGUCUCCUAGGCCUGGGGGAGGGGGCCUCUACCAAAAGGCAGAGACAAUGAGCUGGCAGCAGCAUCCCUGGCAGCUAACUGUUUCAAUCAUCAGCAGUCACCAUUUAAUGGGGUUAGGAGAGGAAAAGGCAAGGGAAUAAACCCAAGACAAUAAACCCAGGACAGGGCCACCAGAGAAAGCUUUCUGAGCCCUUUUUUUUAGAGGAGAAGCACACCGUGUGACAUACGAUGCAGAGGGCAAGAUGCUUCCUCUCCUGGUGUCUUUGCUGAGGGGUCUUUCCAUGGGAACCCUGUGGGGAUGCCUGCCCCAUCUACCCAUCUCACUGAGUGCCUCAGCCAGGCCCCACCCUCAGGGGCCCAAGCCAAGACCCAGUAUAGCUUGAAGAGUUGGCAGUGGUGGGAAUGCCCCCAGCCACCCCCACAGAAUCCUAAGAUGGGAACUGACUCCUCCUCAGAAGAGAAGCCUUGAUGACUGCAAAAUGGUAAGAGAGAAAGACAGCUCAAGUUCUGAGCAUCGCCCUAAGCCAACACACAUCACAUUCCAGCCUCAGAGGACAUGGACACCUGGAGUGUCAUUGUCACUUCAGUGAUAGCUCUCUCUCCCUAGGGGUUUAGUUCAACUGUAGCCACCCUGUCUUGCAACUCCUGGCUGUGUAUGUGGCACCUGAUAUCAGCCACCCAGCUGCCUCCGGCUACAGACCCCUAAGACGGCUUGGAGGCCUGACUCCAGUUGUGUUCAUGGUGCUGUGACCCUGUGCCCUGCAGUCGGAUCCAGCCCACGGGGAGGGGCGAGGAGUGGCCAGACACCUAUUUGCUUGGUAGCUAAUCAGGCACUGAGUUAUUCCUACCCUUGCAGCUGUGUGCACGGAGCAGCCGAGCAGCCAGCUGUGAUACCACCCAGUGCUGGAGCCAAGGGCAGAUGGGAGAGCCCAAGCCAGUGGACACAGGAGCAGGCAGGUCUCCUGGGACCCCGGAGCACAUGCUCACAGAAGGGUUUGGGCUGGAGAAGUGGGGUCUCACAGUGUCACAAACACAGACUUACACCUGCACUCACAGUUCCCUCGCCCCACCCCUCCUCAGCCAAACAGGUUCUAUCUGCUUAAAAUAAAACCAGGUGAUCUGUGACCUGAGGUAGGCCCCAUCCGGCUGCAGUUCCGGUCAGCUGGUUUGGCUGUAAAGAGUAGAGCGAUAAGCAAACGGCUUGUCACAGUGAUACACACGCUUGGCAAAGUUCGCACACCUGCUCUUGCUGGAGCUGUCUGGGACCGAGCAGAACUCUAGGGUCUCCAGCGACAAAAUACAGAUGAAUAGAAAGGGUCUGCAGGCUUACCAAAGACCACCUUCUUAUCUUUUGUCAGAACCUCAGGCUCAGACACCUUGGAGUGGUGGGGGAGGGAGAUCAAAGAUGAGGCUGGGGGUGCAGAGCCAAAUCUCCCCCUUAAAACACAAAAAAAUGAUGAAGCCUAUUGAGGAACGGCCAGGUGACGGACAUACCAAGGACAGGGAUGAUACCAUGAACUGCAUGAACACUGGCACAUUUCUUAAGAAAAACCCACUCAGAAGACGCCAUGUCCCUCCUGUACACAAUUAUACAGCUUAAAACAGAGCGGAGCUGACGCAUGCAGGGCAGCAGCGCUCUGAGCCCACACUGCCCCAGGAGCAGCUGUUCCCGGAGGGUGGGGUGCUGGAGGAGGGAGGAGGUGAGCGGCUCCCUCCUCCCCUCAGUUCUCAAGCAUGUCCCACUCUGGGACAGUGAGGUCUCUGAGAGGAAAGCAAGGGGACACUGAUUCACACGUGGAGGCGCGGCUUUUGGAACGUGCAUCCUACAGUUUCUUCCCCUGCCCCAUCGAGUCUCCAUGGGGUGCACGUGGAGGUCUCCCACCGAAAUAUACCAGGAAUGGGGCUGCCUCCUUCCCAGGCACAGCUGUGAACGUCAGCAGGACAGUGUAGCAAGUCUUGGAUUAUAGGAUAGAACAGGGACAGCUCAGUCUGACACACAGCACGUGAGUUCUGGAAAAGGGAAGAAACAGGGUCAAGGUUAAAAGAGUUCCUAAGUUGGAGGGGCUACCACCUGUCUGUCAGUCUGCCGCACUGUGGUGGCUUGCGUGUUGCUGUGAUACUGGAAGCUAGGCCAUCAGUAUUUCAAAUACCAGCAGGGUCCCCCAUCGUGGACAAGUUUCAGUAGAGCUUCCACACUAAGACUAGGAAGAAAGGCCUAGUGAUCUGCUCCUGAAAAUCGGCCAGUGAAAACCCUAUGAUCAUGACAGAACACUGUUCCAUGUAGUACUGGAAGACAAGUCCUCCAGGCUGAAAGGCACUCAAAAUACACAGUGGUGCCAACCAUCGAUUUGUGCAUGCCAACACUCGGGAAGAUGGAGCAGAGCUGGGCACUGUUUCAUUCUGUUGUACGUGGGGGUCAUGACAAGCUGCAGCUGGCCCAACAGCAACUAACAACAACACGUUGGAGGGAAGAUGAGAGGAAGGAUGGGAUUGGCCCUCCCACCAAUAUCACAACCUUCAGGGAAAGAAGGUAGGGCAUUAUCUCAAGUAAAAAAGCACAGGAUGCAACUUAAGGCUAGGCUAAAGGGAAAGUUUAACUGAGGCCAAGAAAAUAUAUGAAUGAUACUGAAGUAUCUUAAAAGCUGUGUAUGAGAAAGCAGGCUUCUCACAUUAAGUGCCCGCAGGCUUGUUAAGCAGGUAUCAGGGAACUUCUUCCACCGGGUACUAAGGGACCGGGAACACGAUGAGCGCCGAGAAGGCAUGACCUUGUCUGUGAUAAUCACAGUUACUCAUAAGGAUGUGGGCACACAGAGGCUGUGAGCCAGGGCUUCGAACCAGUUCGCUCUGGUUAGAACCCCUGCUAAGAAUUUGCAUCUCCACCCCAGAUACAUUGAACCAGAAGCUACAGUUUAACAAGGUCCCUGGGUGAUUCUUAUGUCUCAUAAAGUUUGAGAACCACUGCUCUACUGGUGGUUCUCAGCAUUGGUCCCUAACCAGCAGCGUUAGAAAUGCGAAUUCUCAGCAGGGGUUCUAACCGCAACAAAGCGGUUCGAAGCCCUGCUAUGAACACAUUUUUCUGUAGUGGAGGGCUGAACCUCCCAAACUCAAAUGCCCACAAUAUCAGCCACUCACAUCAGUGAGAACCGUUCCUAUGCCCCUCAUCUCUACCUCCUCCACUUCCUCAAAGACCUUCAACUCUCCUGCCCUAGAACUGGGCACGUAGAGACUCUAAACAGAAAUGAGCAAAUGAAAAGCAGAAGUGGCCUGCAAGCCGUAUCACUUCCAUCUUGUAUUACUCAGUAGGUUGUGAAGCCUUUUACUUGGUUAUUAGGAAGUGGCUAGGUGGGCAGCGGGGGCUGUUUCCUGGGAUGGGACAAGAUACCCUGGCCAAGGCUGGUGCCCAGAGAGGCAGGACUGCCACUCAGAUCUGCCCUCCCACUCUUUGCCACGCAGGCCACUCUGUAACCGGAAGAGGAAACAGUGACACUCGCCCCCGCAGCCUCCACCCACCCUGAAGACAGUCCUGCAGAUGGAGUAGGGCUGUGCCUUCAUUUAAUGAAUAUCGGAUAUAUAACGCACAUAGCCUGAUACCUGCAGAUGCUCAACAAAUGUGUUAGAGAGAAACUGAGAUAAAUUCAAUUUAGUACAGGUAGCCCCCAAUUUACGACAUAUUUGAGUUAAUGACGAACCACACUUACGAUUGUCUUUUUUAAAAUUAUCUUUAGUAAUGUGUACAAUAUAUAAUGUUACAGCACGUAAUUUGCCGACGUUAUCAUUCUCAGAGGUUCACUAGCAGAUGUUCAAAGGCAAAUAAAGAUCGAAUUUAUAAAGAUACUGACAAUAAAACACAAUAAUAAUGAAAACCAAAAAAAAGACAAACAGGUAUUCGACUUACGUCAGAACCCACUUACGACGGAGUCAUCAGAACGGAACCUCAUUGUAUGUCGGGACUACCUGUGAUCCAGCUAACCUCUGCUUUACUGAACCUACUGCGGGUUACACGUCAUUUAACCUUCACCAGAACCUUAUGGUCCAGAAAGGCUAGGAACUUGCUUAAGGUAAAAGGCUAAGUUGAGAAGUCGGGAUUUGAACCCAGAUCUUCUUAAUUUUGGUGGAAUUGUUCCUACUACACCAAGCUGCCACCGUCAGGACCAUUCAACACCCAACCCAGUGUUCUGCGGACAACAGUGGCCCAGGAAGCCACCAAAGAGAGCAUACUCU